AUUAUAUUGCUGUUGCCCUGGGCUAGGGUCACGUUGCAAGCAAAUGACAAACGACUGUAUUAUAGAAUCAGAUUUUACAUAUUAGCGGUGUCUUGUACACGGGGGCUCUCCGCAGACCAGGAUUGUAUUUUGUGGGUCUGAUUUUGACCGAAGAUUCAUUGUUUUUGGGAACGGACUAAUUGAUCUAUAUCACACUUUGUUUUUAUUUUAUUGUGGAUUUAUAUUAAGGGAAUUACAGUUCGCACACUCUUCGAAGAAGAAUAUUCAUGAAUGUGUCACUGACUAAGGAUUUUUAUGUGUCUUGGGAAUUAUUACUGGGCUACAAAGCAAAGAAAAUUGUGGAAUCACGCAUUUCAAGCCAGGCCACUCGAUGACAGAAGUGGGAGACAUUUUAGUCCCUAUUCGAUAAGUACACAGGUAUGACAUUUACUGUGAUUUCGUCAUCCAGGUAGAUGGAAAUUAUGGAAUCGAAGUGUUACCUAGCAACGUUUUAGCAUGUUUCACAGCAUCUCUUCGAGUUACCGCUUGAUUUAGCCAAACGACCAAUCAGAAAUCUUGUUGUAUCUGAAAACGGAGAAAACUCAUCAUGCCUUUACCAAACAAUACUAGCAGUACGAGCAGCAAGAGCGGAUCACUGCUAAGUCGUGUAGGAGUGAACAAGCUACCAGGAGGGUCAAAAGGGCCCGCUCCUCUCCCGCUGUCUAGUCCCCCCACCGGAAACAAAAUGGGGAACGGGGCUAGUGCUUCUAGCAUUAACGUGGACGGAGAAAACAUAGAUAUUAUUAAACUGAAGACUCUGGUACCCGAACUUAAGAAGGAGCUCAAAAUCAGGGAUGCCAAGUUACAGCGCUAUGAAGCCGAACUUCAUGAAAAAUCAAAACUUUUGGAAGACAAGUGUUUGGAAAUUUCCAAACUUCGCGCCGAAGUGGACAAGCUACAAUCUGUGUUACAUAUUAAAGUUCAUAAAAAUGUUGGUGCUGGGGGAAAGUUCGACUUUUUGGCCACCAUUCAGGAGGAUUCCCAAAUGGCCGGCUCUCAGCAAGAGUUACGGACCAAAAAACAGGGUGUGUCCGCCGAGAGCCCGAUGGCUCAACAGAAUGGGGCUGUUGUGGAAAUCAAACAUAUAGAGAAGGAUUUCAGGUCAAAACAAUUGAUAAAAGAUGCAAUUUUAGGCAACGAUUUCUUGAAGAACCUGGACUCCACCCAGGUUCGAGAGAUCGUGGACUGUAUGUAUGAGAAACGGAUCAAGCAGGGAAAUUACAUAAUCAGGGAAGGUGAUGCCGGCCAGCACGUGUAUGUCUCGGCAGACGGAGAGCUGGAAGUCCUUAAAAACAACAAGGUCCUUGGGAAGAUGAAUGCUGGGAAGGCUUUUGGAGAGCUGGCCAUUCUAUAUAACUGUACUAGGACUGCAUCUGUCAAAGCCCUCAGCGAUGUGUGUGUGUGGGUCCUGGACCGCCGAGUGUUCCAGACGAUCAUGAUGAAGACGGGUCUACAGCGACAGGAAGAGAAUAUACGCUUCCUCAGAAGUGUUCCAUUAUUAAAGAAUUUGCCAACAGACAAACUCGCCAGAAUCGCAGACUGCUUAGAAGUGGACUUUUUCCCCGAGAACGAUUACAUUAUACGAGAGGGUGAGACGGGCGACACGUUUUUCAUCAUUAAUAAAGGCGAGGUCAAGGUAACUCAAAAGGUAACAGGGGUAGACAACCCAGUGGAAAUAAGGAGACUUACUAGGGGAGACUACUUUGGCGAAAAAUCUCUUCUCAGUGAGGACAGGAGGACAGCGAACGUGAUAGCGCUACCCCCGGGAGUGGAGUGUCUGACCGUGGACAGAGACCAUUUUAAUGCUCUGAUUGGAGAUUUGAACGAAUUGCGAGAGAAAGAUUAUGGCGACGAGGCAAGAGGCGCUCAGAGAACCAGUGGGGGUAAUGGCUCGGACGUUCUGCUGUCCCCGGUCCGGGAUAAACCGGACAAGGAGUUCGCCAACAUCCAGCUGAAGGAUCUGGAGAUCAUCGCCACCCUGGGGAUGGGUGGCUUCGGUCGUGUAGAACUGACGCAAAUUUCACAUGCACGGUCCAAAACGUUUGCUUUAAAGUGCCUUAAGAAGAAGCAUAUUGUGGAUACUCAACAGCAAGAGCAUAUAUAUUCCGAGAAAAAGAUUAUGAUGGAAUCCAGGUCUCAAUUUAUUGCAAGAUUAUACAAAACUUUUAAAGACAAAAAAUACGUGUACAUGUUGAUGGAGGCGUGUCUUGGGGGAGAGCUGUGGACCAUUCUCAGGGACAGAGGCAGUUUUGAUGACAUUACAGGGCGCUUCUGUGUGGCGUGUGUUCUGGAGGCUUUUAAGUAUCUCCAUGACAGAGGAAUCAUUUACAGGGACCUCAAACCUGAAAACUUACUACUGGACCAGAAUGGCUACGUCAAACUUGUUGACUUUGGAUUUGCCAAAAAGAUCGGACACGGCCGAAAGACAUGGACUUUCUGUGGGACACCGGAAUAUGUGGCUCCAGAAAUCAUCCUUAACAAGGGACACGACAGGGCAGCAGAUUACUGGUCCCUGGGCAUCCUCAUGUUUGAGCUCCUAACGGGCAGUCCGCCAUUUUCGGGAUCUGAUCCAAUGAAAACAUAUAACAUUAUCCUGAAAGGUAUAGAUGUAAUAGAAUUCCCACGGAGGAUAGGAAAGAACGCCGCCUCCCUCAUCAAAAAGUUGUGUCGAGACAACCCAGCCGAAAGACUGGGAUACGGUAAAAACGGAAUCAUCGACAUCCGAAAAAAUAAGUGGUUCCAGGGCUUUGACUGGGACGGUCUCUUACAUAGAAAACUGGUUCCCCCAAUCAUUCCUCAAGUUAAAGGACCAAACGACUACAGUAACUUCGACAGCUACCCAAAGAGUUCCGAUGUCCCUCCCGACGAGACAUCAGGCUGGGACUUCGACUUCUGAGAGGCAAUCAGAAAAACUUAUCAACGGACACGGCAUUAGUGUGCUGCAUGUGAUCAGUAAGUUUUUAUAUACUGACAACUACCUGAUGGCAUCAAGGAAAUCAUUCCAAUAUCAAUGGAGGAAUGAUUAAAGCAAGUUAAAAGAGAGAAAAGUUCCUGGAUCUGUUUUAUGUACUCAUGUUACAGUACAGUAUUCUCCAAUCAGAUCAUGUCGAAAACACGUGGUGCUAUAUUGCUGACGUCAUCUGUACUUGUGCUAAAAAUAGAGGUGACAUCAUUGAGGAUUGAAUAUCAGUUUUUUCUGUGAUAUUACCAUUGUUGAUAUAAACUUUAUCUCUUGUCACUUGUCGCAACAUUAAAAACAGUAUGUUUCAAUAGAUUUUUAAUUGUGAAAAUACUCGAUGCUGAUAAAUGUCAAGCAUUACUAUAAAAGUAUAAAAAGAAAAUGGAUGUAUAUAUUUUCUCUAUUUUGUCAUUAACUCUGUUUUAAUAGAUAUCUAAGUAAAUGUCAGCUAUUUCCUGACGGGCUUGACAGCCUGUGUUAUCCAUUACUGUGGAUGGGUGGUGUUAGAUUUUAUACAAGUUUCAUCAUCGUAUCAGUCAGCCAACUAUUGGACAGUCGACCGCUCUUUACUAGCAUUGACUUGGAAAUAUACGUGCUCAAAAGAAUCAAAUAUUUUAUUGUUGAAACGUGGAGUCUGUUGCAUUUGUCUUCCAUUUUAUAUAGAUUUGUUAGAAUGAUCCUAAACUCUAUAGAAUCUAUCAGGCAUUCCGCCGGUCAGUGUGUUCGAUACGGCUUCGUUGUGUUUUAAUUUUUAUUUGUUUCAUCAUUGUAAUGUUGCUCGAUGGUGUAUUCGGAGUAUGUUAUAAAUAAAUUUAUCAAGGUGAACAGAAA